AUGAAAAACCGAAGAGCGAAGCAGCCACCACCAACGUUCACCGCGUUCACUACCACAACAUUUGGAAAUCCGAUUGCAAGGGUCCCUAGCGGCGUGAGACGGAAACGAAAAGGUCCACGAAAACCGCCGAAACUGGAACGCUUGAAAUGCUUAAACAAACUCCGUUCAGCUACCCUUGGCUGUUUGUGGGUUCAGCCGCUGAAAGCUUUGGCUUCAGCGCAGCUGAUAUUCGAGUUCCAAGCAGUGCAAGGUCCACUCAUCCCCGAGCUCACAGGCAUUCCGAUGAAGGUCCCUCUGCCCGUCUGGGUCAGCAACUUCAUCAGCCCUACGAAGUUCUGGCUCAGGCUGAAGGACAACAAACAUCGCGAUCCGUACAUCCGAGACUUUGUCCGCGGACAGACGAAGCACCUCUACACGCUGAACGUGGGAGCCUACUGCGUAGCGGACACCGGCAGGAACUUCGACCUCGCCAGGGCCUUCGUGCUAGACAUCCAGAAGGACGGCUUCGGCAUGCCCAUAUCCGCCGAGGUCUCCUGUGUGGACUGCAGUCUUACCCUAGUGCUGGGCAUGACCAAGCUGUUUCCCCUGCCUGAAAUUGACGCCAAGAUUCCGUGCCUGGCUGUUCCCUGUUCCCUUCGCUGCCUGACGUCGUCCAGCAGCACGCGUCUUCGAGACAUGGUGAACUGGUGCGUCACGCCAGGUGCGGAGCUGGAGGCAGUGUUUUAUGGAACUUCUGAGGCGGGCGUGUAUCAGGUAGACAUGUUUGUAAUGACUGGAGAGAACAGCCAAGAGAGGAUGAGCGUCACCAAAGACCUCAUCGAUAGGGAGAUUGCUACGAGGAUAUGGUACCCUCACCCGCCGCAGAGAGGGAAAAUCACCGCCUUCUUAUCAAAGGCACUUCACCACUGAAAUUUGUGCAGUUGGUCUGUUGUGGGCCAUGCUAAGAUGCUUCAUGUCUAACUGCCUUUUUGCGAAUACCAACUCUUUAUGUGUAGCUAUUUAGCAUAGUGAGUGUCUAUGGCAUACGGUGGCAUAGCCAGGGUGAGAGCUUAUAGGGCUUCAGACACCCUCCCCCACACACACGCAUACCCUAAGUCAUAUACGUCCUAGCACCUUUAGCCCCGCCCCGUCCCAAAAUAAAAAAUAAUAAUAAUAAUCCUGGCUAUGCCAUUCAUGGCAUAGGCUAUAUGUGCCUUGCAUGUGACGUCAUUGGGACCGUACCAGAGCCGCCUUUGCUCUUCUGUAUUAUGCUCCUGUGUCCAUACCUUCCGCAGCUUACAUUUCGUACCAUCGAAUUUUUUCUCGUCAAACCUUGCCGAGAAGAACAGAAUGGAGGGUGCCAAAUGCAUGCUGCAGAAGGUGCGGGCACAGGAGCACGGUACGGAACAAUGGCAGCUGAUGUAACAUCAAUGCAAGCCACGUAUAAAAAGUGCAAGCACACUUUUCUGCGAGAGCUCGGUUCCAUGUAUCUCUAAAGCAUGUACCGCUAUAUUCCUUUCGAGCCUUUGAGCUUUAUUAUGCCGUCACUAAUUAUGUAUUGUUUGCUCGAUAGAGAAUAUACAUUAUAAUUUCGAUGAAAAGUUGGUCUUGCCUACUACAGUUGAACCUCAGUUUAACGAAGUCACCGAGACCUGCUAAUUAUUUCGUUAAAUUGGGAACUUUGUAAAGUCAAGGAAGGGAGACAUCGUGCAUAGGCUGCACGGGGGAAUCCGAAUUUGUUCAUUACAUCAGGAAAUUCGUAAAAUUGGGUUUUCUUAAAUCAAGGUUCAACUGUAUAAUGCUUGAGGCAUGUCUCAUCUACAUUCUGUUGCUGCGGGUAUAUUAUUUCCUAGCAGCCAUACUCGGAUAAGGACACUUGCUUGGAAUAUGAUAACAUCGCAAUAUUUUCCUUAUAGUAUAUUGUAUCUGUAUCAACUUGCCUCAAUGGCCUUAUGAUUUCAUCUUGAAGUGUAUGCUUUGCCCUCUGUUACAACUCUCGGCUCAUGGUGGACAGUACCAGAAUCCAGUGCGUCAAAUCGCAUGUGCUUGUAAAGGAUACAAAGAACCUUCUGGGAGUUUGAGAGUGGCAGGCAAUAUUUUGCUUAAAGAUCUAGUUUCUUCAAAGCCUAAAGUGAAGCCGCAAACACUGUCUUUUAUUAACGAAAUGUCGGCUGCUACUGAUGACUCUUCCUGAAGUUUGUCUGACCAGUUUUGACUACCUUUGUGCUUUGUGUGCAAAUCACAAGUGUGAUAUUUGAGGAAACAUUAACCAUCUUGUUUCUCCUCAAGCAGUGCUGAUGCAAUAUGUGGAUUUUAUAUUUAUUUCCUGAAAAGAAGGCAGCAUUGGUGAAGUCGGGCGGAUGCAGGAAUUUCCUGAGGGGGGGGGGAAGGGGGGGGGGGAGGGGGUCAGGUGUUGGUCAACAUACCACAUCUGUAGGAACCCCCUCGCCCUCUCCUUCGUUUUAUGCCCUAAUAUUUACACAAGAAGAAAUCAAGAGGGGGGUCAGGACAUCCGGACCCCCCCCUUCUCUAAAUCUGCCCCUGGGUGAAGUAACAAUUAGUUGUCAUGUUUGUAGACCAGAAUACACUGUUUACAUUAAUUUUAACAAAAUCUAGUCAAAUGUAAAUUGUUUGGGCGCUUGAUUAUUACUAUAACCAUAAGAGUCAUUGGCAUUUUUCGUGGUUUUUGGUGUUACAUUCCUCAAGGGCUUGUUUAAGUACUGUUUAUUACACGUGCUAGAAUGAUGUCGUGAUAUAUCUUAGUGCUAUUUGAUAUUUGUAGUAUUUGUAUAUAGUCCAUAAUGCCGACACUGAAAAAGAAGCCGAUGCCGCGCGUAAAAUAAACAGGGCCGGGCACCCGCGCUCGGGGUGCUCGAGACUCAGAGACCAUGACCAGCAGCCGGCGGUUGUCAUUCCUUCUUUGAGCUUCAACGACGGGCCCCUGGCCGCCGCUUGAUCAGAAAUACUACAUUUUGGCGACGAGGAUGGGAUUUUGUUAACGAACUCCGCGCCGUGGAUGGGUGGUGGCCGACACUGGCAAGUACGCUAAUUCAUUUAUCGCCAAGUUUACUUCGUGCUCAACGUUCGAGCCUGUCCCAACAUGGCGGCUGUUUCCUUCCCAGCUCCCCCGCCAUUUUUGCUAACGCCAGGCACCCCCAUACAGCCUUGGAAGACAUGGAAAUCGAGUUUUAUGAAUUACCUCGAUGUUAUUGAAGCGGAUCAGUAUUCGGCCAGGGGUUUGCUCAUCUUCUUUAUUUACAUAUGCUCAGUGAACCUGAGAAACAAAUAUAAAAAUGUUGAAUAAAGCUGCAUCAAC